AUGUCGGUCCCAGUCGCUCCUCCACAGGCUACUGCCUACCCACCAGGCGUUCAGGCUCCCCCUCCUUCGGGAGCCGAGCGUGUUGGCCCCGGUGCCCCUUCGCCCUUCGUCGACGAGAAGCGUGCCGCCUACCCUUCCGGUCUCACCCCACCCAUCUCGUCGGCACCUUCCACUUCCAUGUUUGGCUUCUUCCAGCCUAUCGUUGCGCCCCUCAACAACGCUCUCAACCGCAUCCAGGAUAUUCGCACGCGUCUCGAGCUCUCCAACCCGGGCACGGUUGAGCAUCUGCAGCGCGAGGUCAAGGGCGUGCACACCACCAACUUUAUGUUUGACGGCGCACGUGCCGACCUGACCAAGGCGAUCAGCAUCAACCCCAUCUUCCAGGUCACCCACGCUUUCUCCAUGGGCUCGCAAGCCGCCCCCUCGUCGUACAACUUUGGCGCUGUGUACGGCGACAACAAGAACUUCUUCCAGGCCGGGCUUGACGAUGGACUCAAUGUGACCAUGCGCGCCAACCGCGGCUGGUUGCCUGGACACACCACCAAGGUGCAGGCGCAGCUCACAGCGACCCCGGGCCAGUCGUUCGUGCAGAUGGAGCACGACUACCAGGGCACCGAUCACUCGGCCAACUUCAAGGCUCUCAACCCAUCACCCACCGACUUGACGGGCAUCUACAUUGUCAACUACCUGCAGAGCUUGACGCGCAACUUUGCCUUUGGUAUCGAGACCGUCUACCAGCGUCCCUCGGCCGACAUGGAGGAGGCAAGCACGGGUUACAUCGCCAAGCUCACCGGCGAUAAGAAGGACUGGAUCGCUACCGCCCAGGUGCAACCGCAGGGUGUGGCGCAGUGCACCUACUACCACAAGCUGUCCGAACAGGUGGACGUGGCAGCUGAUCUGCAGAUGAUCACAAUGGCACAGAAGCGUGAGGCUGCUGCGACGCUCGGUGCGCGAUACAACUUCAGGAUGGCUACGCUCAGAGCACAGAUCGACUCGGCCGGCAAGCUCAGCUCGGUUUACGAGACGAGGUUGUCGCCUGCAUUUGGCCUGACGUUUGCAGGAGAGAUCGACCACCUGCAGGGGGCUGCCAAGUUUGGGUUCGGUGUGUCGAUCGAGAGCGGCAACGAGAUGGACCCCAACGCUCCUCCUCCCACGCCUCCCUCGGUGCCUAUGUAA